AGUUAACAUUAAACGGGAAGAGCAUUACUACAUGAUUGAUGACAUCUGUCAACAAAUGCCCUUAUGAAGUUUAUAAUUUGACAGAGAAAAUUUUUUUGGCGGAUUUUAUUAGUUUUAUUGAAUUUAAUGUGAAAUCCAACAUUAUAGGUGGAUUUAUUGUAUAUAAAUCUGUUUUCUGAAUAAAAAAAUAUUUCGUUGUAUAUUUUGAUGGCUGGAAAACGAUGCGCUACUAGUGAAUUGAACCAUGACAAUUGGGACAGAGAAGAAGUCCCCGAGGAGGCAGGUACAUUCCAAAAAGCAUCAGACGACUCGUUGAAACAGAGAGUAAUAAAAACAGCUCGAAGACGAAAUCCUAUUUCAUCAGUGAGGGUCAACGAUGAUAAUGAAAAGAAAAGUGCCUUCACAUCUUUUACGGGUUUUGGAAAGUCGUCUACACCUACAUCUGCUGAUUUUUCGUUUUUAUCAAAUAUAAAUACUCCAAACACCCCGCCGAAACAAAAUGGAAUUGAAGAAAAAGUGGAAAACGAUAAAAAUGAUAUUUCUUCCUUGAAGUUUAAUAAUCAUUCAAUGGAUAAAUCGAAUGAUUAUUUUUCAAAAUUGAAAGGUUUAAAUCAAAGUGUCUCGAAUUGGAUAAAAAAACACGUAGAUACAAACCCACUUAUAAAUCUACAACCAAUAUUCCGUGAUUAUGAGAAAUAUUUCGAAGAACUAGAAAAAGAGAAAAUUCUAAAGCCGCCGGAUGUUAAUAACGCGGAUUCAAUAGUUUUUAAACCGACAACUAGUGUUCCUGAUAGUACUACAGAGAAAAAGCAAUCAGAUACUGCUGUAACAACUAAAGUUUCCAAGGAAAGUAGCAGUAUUACAAGUAAACCUCCAUCUACAGCCGGAUCUUUUUCAUUCGGUACAACAACUAAGGAAUCUUUGAAAACAACACCGUCAUUUUCAUUUGGCACAAAUACUUCCUCAUCUACAAAAAUUUCUGAAACUUCAACCGUCGAAGCAACAAAAUCUUCUAAUACAACAAUACCCUCUUUCAUUUUUGGUGCUCAACCAGCUAAAUCCACUCCAUUUACAUUCUCUUCAAAUACUACUUCACCUUCAGCGAAAAAUACUACAAAUUCAACUGUGUCCCAAAUUACUUUUGGUGUACCUACAAAUAAAGAUGCUCCCAAACCAACUUUUACUUUCGGAAAUGUUAAUAAUAAAGAAACUACACAAGCUACAAGUACAACAACCCCUUCGUUUUCUUUUGGAUCUUUACCUUCUAAUUCGUCCAUUUCACAAUUUUCUACUUCUUCUCCAUUUACGUUUGGAAAUGUAGUUAAACCAGUUACAAGUGGAGGUGAUAAUAAAGAAGAAGUAGGAGGAGGAGAAGAAGAAGAAGAAAGUGAAACACCACCUUCUAAUGAAUUCACCCCGGUCGUGGAAAAGGAUCAUGUUUAUACCGUCAGAUGUAAAGUAUUUGUGAAAAAAGAUGAAAAAUUCGGUGACAGAGGUGUGGGGAGUCUUUAUUUGAAACCUAUAGCGGAUACGGAAAAAGUUCAACUUGUAGUUAGAGCCGAUACAAACCUCGGUAACGUUCUUCUGAAUUUUAUAUUAUCAGAAAACAUACCGAUGAAGAGGUUAGGGAAAAAAGAUGUAAUGUUGGUAUGUGUGCCGACUCCAGAAGUGAAACCACCACCAGUUCCUGUUUUAAUACGAGUAAAAUCAUCAGAAGAAGCCGAUAAACUAUUAGAAACCCUCGAAAAAUACAAGAAAUAGAUGAUGGUUUCUUUUUAAUUUUUUUUAUUAUGUCAUUAUUAAGAUCAAUAUACAACAUUUUUUUGACGUGUUUUAUUUAUUACCAA